AUGAGUGAGUUUGAACAGCUGGGUGUUCACCAGUGGCUGUCGAAACAAUGCGCCUACAUGGCUCUCCACCGACCAACACCCAUUCAAUCUUUCUGUAUCCCUGCUAUCCUAUCCGGUAAAUGUGUAGUAGGUGGUGCAGCUACUGGGAGUGGUAAAACUGCUGCCUUUGCGAUUCCAUUACUACAGAUUCUCGCCGAAGACCUCUACGGUGUAUUUGCCCUUGUCUUAACCCCCUCCCGCGAGCUCGCAUACCAAAUUGUGGAUCAAUUUAUGGCCCUUGGCGCCCCGCUCCACAUCCGCACAGCCCUCAUCAUUGGCGGCGUCCACCACGAUUCGCAGCUCGAGGCGUUGGGUGGCCGCCCACACGUUGUGGUGGCGACGCCGGGGCGCCUGAAAUUCAUCCUGGCCACCUUCCCGGAGGCCCGCCGCGCCUUCACGCACCUCCGUUUUCUUGUCCUGGACGAGGCAGACCGACUCACCAGCGACGACUUGGAGCCGGACGUGGCGGAGGUGGUGGAGCGCCUCCCCCCCGCCUCCGCAGCCCGCCGCACGUUGCUCUUCACCGCCACUCUCGAGCCCCGCCUCACCCACGUGGAGGAGGACGGGUGGCUGCCGCGUCUCGGCAUAACUGACGCAGAACAGCAGUUGAAGGUGUUCGCUACUAAUACUGUUAUGCUCACAGAAGGUGAGAUGGGAAAUACUGUCGUUUCCCACCGUGUGGCUGAUUCCCUGCAGCAAAAAUAUAUAUUUAUACCAGAUAUGGUAAAGAUGGCGUACCUCGUCGCCGCUCUUCGCAGCGCAGGUCCUGAACAGACGACUAUUGUUUUUACCAACUCAUGUAUGCGCUGUGAAGUUGUCCGCCUUACAUUGCAGUUAUUGGGAUUCCCUGUCUGUAGUCUUAAUUCUAUCAUAUCCCAGAAACACAGAGUGGAUAACUUGGCAACCUUUAAAUUAGGCAUUGCCCGCAUCUUAGUGGCAACUGACAUUGCAAGUCGUGGACUUGACAUCCCUGCUGUGGGAUUAGUUCUGCACUACGACCUACCUAAGCAGACACCCAUAUACCUGCACCGGGUUGGCCGCACAGCGCGUGCAGGUCGUGAAGGUCUCUCAGUAGCUUUUGUUACAGAGUACGAUGUCCAAUUAGUGCGUCGCCUUGAGAAAAGACUCUCUUGCACUUUGUCACUUUGGAAAUCCAAGGGUGUCAAUGAGAAAGGGGUUUUGAAACUAUUGGAUGAAGUUUCGGCGGCAAAAGUGCAGGCAAAACUUCAGGUAGAAGAACAGUUUGGCCGACGUGUGGAAACCUUAAAAGCACAUGCCGCAGCAAAAAAAGCUCAGUCUUAUGGUGAUCAAGAACCACAUGAUGUAGCGAGUCGUACAAAGAAAAUGAGUUCAGAACACGAAACAACUAUCACUUCCUCAGCAUCUUCGCUGAAAGAGAAUACGGAAGGUAUAAGACCAACCAAAGGAAAAGGAAAGUCUACAAAAAAGCGAACUAGAAGCUGUGCGUGA